AAUUCAGAACUUAAAGUGAACAAAAUUUCCAUGAUUGAUUCAGUACAGUCGGUGGCUGAGCGACCGACGAUGGCGUUGUCUCAUGAUUAUCCAGAAGGCGUAUCCAGCCCCCACCUGCCGCAGGCAGUGUUAGGACCUUCUCGUAACCACGUAUCUCGCGUGUCAUGGGACGGAGAGCUUCCAAAUCGCUCGCGUCUCAUCAACAACAUCCGCUCCAUAUACUAUGCUAUUCUGCAUCAAACAUUAUUAUAUGCAUAACGCGAUAUCGUAUUUGCACAAUACGUUGCCUUCACUAUAGUCGAGAAGAUGACUUCACCUCCCUCGCUGACUCCACCAUUCACUGAACGGCAUAUUCCUCCCGUUAAGUCGAGGCACUCUGGGAAUGCACCUACUGGCGAUGCCAAUCAGGAUCAAAAUACUACCCAGCAACCGGUCCUGGAGAGUGUGACUAACAUUCCUCUUACGGCCCUCGAAUCGCUGCCCACAAUCGCUGGACGAAAUGGGGAGGUAUAUCUCACCAAGAAUAAAAUUGGCGAAUUUCUGCAAUGGGAUCUCGACCUCAAACGGUUGAACCUGGUUCAUGGGCAUCUUUGGAUGGCCGGCAGACCCAUGCGCGGGCGCCCUCUCCAUCGCUACAAAAUGCUAGGUCUCGAAAUCUUGCCCACGCAGCAAAUGGACCUCCACUUCCUCAGAUACUCCGACCGUUUGAUGAUCAAGCCGCUCGCGGAGUAUAUGCUGGACCAUGCCUUCUGGGUUGAGCAUAUCUGCCCCCACAAAACAUUGCACGAAAAUGCGUGCGGCUUGCUCCUCAGUUACGUCUGGCUCCUGACCUCACCCAUCGACCUGAAACUCGCACACGAAAUAUACCUGCUCCCCAGUUUCGUAACUUGGGCCUGGUGGAAGACAUUCGUCACCGAUUUCGAGUCUCACAUAGAUCUCAACGCACUCGAUAAGGUCAACAAACGUUUCCAUUUCGGCGAAUUGCGUCUUAGUCGCAUCAAUUCUAUUUUUCGGAUACGCUAUGCACCUACCCAUUUUGUACGCGGCUACCUGUACGGUUACAAUCGUUAUGUGGUCUACUUCCAACGAAGAUUCGGGUGGAUACUUAUCGUGUUUGUUUUUUUCUCCUUGGUGCUAGCUGCGAUGCAAGUUGGUGCCUCAGUGGAACCGUUGCAGUCCAACCAGGAUUUUAUAAGAAGCUGCUAUGUGUUCGUGGUGUUCAGUAUGUUGGCGGUGGCUGCGAUCCUUGGGGCGGUGGGUCUCAUGUUCAUGUGCAUAUACAUCUACAACAUGGGCAAAGCCAUUGCGCACGUCUUUAAAGCAGCAAGAGAAAGGAAACGGGUGGUACAUGAAAGUAAGAAACCCUAA